CACUGCGGCACACGAUGCUACGUCGAGUGAACUUGGCUGACUUCGGACGAGCCUGCUACGGUGGCUCCAAGCGAUGGAUGUCCAUGGCAGGGAGCGUUCAGUUCUAUCGAAGGCAACUCAUCGUUCUAGACCCGCAGCGCGACGCCGAGGCGUGGCCAAAGAAGGUCGAGGAAUCAACUACGCACGUCAUAUCAAAGUAUCACAAUACUGUGGCGCCGCUCAACACAGAGAAAUCCCCGACGAAAUUGAUCCUGGCGACUGCGUACCCAUAUGGAGACGACCCAGCUGUCGAGUCAGCUUCCUCCACCGAUACUCAUGACGUCCUCGUGUUCCCAGACAAUCUUCGCAUUUCAGGCGUGUGCGAUUCAGAUGUGGAUUUUCUGGCCUUGCAUCUCCUUGAGGACACGUUGGACCUGCCGUUGCUCCGCUCUCGGUUGUCGGUCUCGGAAAUGUCAGGGCAUCAUGUGUUUGUGUGUGCCCAUGCGAAACGGUACAUUCACGAUUUUGGACAAGUGCUUUCGCCCAUGCUAAUUCCCCAGUGACUUUCGAUGUGCGUGUGCUGGCCCCAAACUCCUGGAAUGGUUUCAGACCAAACGGCCGUCAAAUGAAACAUGGACCAUCUACGCGUGCAGCCACUUCGGCGGCCAUCGCUUUGCUGGCAAUUGCAUUGUGUAUCCAGAAGGGCAUUGGUACGGCCUCAUGAAUCACCCAAGCGAUGUGGACAUCCUCGUCCAGGCAAUUACGGUCGACAAGCAGCCUGUCGUCCCCUCCUUGUGGCGAGGUUGCGUCAACACGUCCAAGGCCAAACAGGUGGCGCUGUACAAAUCGGUUCCCAACGCUGCGUAAUGAUGAAGGCUGGGUUCGAAACAAUAAAAUGCGUGUGCUA